AUGAGCUCCAACAACGUCAAGAACAAGGACAACCCGAGGCGGCGGAGAAGUAGUAGUUUGAUGUAUCAGGAGCCCCCGGAGAGCCUCGAGCAGCAGAGCGACCAGGCCAUCUUGCCCAAUCUCAACGCCCAGUGGGUGAAUGCUAAAGGCGCAUGGAUGAUUCACUUCGUCUUGAUUCUGCUUCUCAAGAUUGUCUACGACAUUAUCCCUUCGAUAACACAGGAAACGUCAUGGACACUUGUCAACACCACCUACAUGGCCGGCUCAUACCUCAUGUUCCACUACGUGCGAGGUAUCCCUUUCGAGUUCAAUGCCGGAGCCUACGAUAACCUCAACAUGUGGGAGCAGAUCGACAACGAAGACCAAUACACACCGGCCAAGAAGUUUUUGCUGGCAGUUCCCAUCUGCUUGUUCCUCGUCAGCACGCAUUACACACAUUACGAUUUGGCCUAUUUCAUGAUCAACUUCCUCGCGACAUUAGCGGUAGUAAUACCAAAGCUACCAGCGUUUCACCGCAUGCGAUUUGCUUACUUCAAUCAAGAGCCGGAACCGGUGGGAGACAGAUAG